AUGUUUAAAGUGAUUCAAAAAUUUUGCAGUGACACAAACCUUCACGGCUUUAUUUACAUCGGACAGCCUUCACGUCAUAGAAUUGAAAGAAUUUUCUGGACUUUUUCAACUUUUGUGUCUUUUACAAUCACUGGAAUUUUAAUUUACAAGUUUUUGGUCGAAAGUCAAGUGAAUCCAAUUGUCAUUUACACAGAUCAGAAUGCUAUUAGUGCACAGGAUAUAAAUUUUCCAUCUCUUUCAUUCUGUCCUGGAAUUAUACUCGAUUCUAUGGAAAAACCAUUCCAGUAUCUAGAAAUGAAGGAAAUGCUUGAAAAUGGAAGUAUGGAAUUGAGCAACUUAACAUUAGAUGAGCUUAAAAUGAUGCAAAUUGUAAGUCUGGUUGCCAAUGAUCGAUUCAUGUCUGGAAACUACCCAAAUUUAUCAAUCACGACUGAAGAUUUUAUGGAUAUAAUGAAUACUUUUGGGAGUUUUGUUGGUGACCCUAUACGUAACUAUAUGCAGACACCAUACUUUUUCUUCAGAGGAAACUGGUCAAAUAAGUAUCCAAUGAACCUUACUCGUACCUUAUGGCACACUGGAUUUUGUCAUACGUUCAACUUUCCGAACUCUUCUCAAAUGUUUCAUAUGGAAAGAAUUUCGCAGGACUUUAACUUUACCAAAGUCUCUACACAUGGCACUCAAUGGCAAACAAAACCAGAAUAUAAACUGAAGCUAAAUUAUCCUGUUAAGCCUGAGAAUUUAAAAAAGAGUUUGUACAUUGGAUAUACCGAAUCUACAUUUACAAUGUUGCCAAAAAAACAACAUUUUAUGUUGGAUGUCAUUCCAGAGAAAUCUUACUAUGGUCUACGAUUGUGGUUUCAUGACGCAUUUGAGUUGCUUUAUGAUGAUGCUAUAAAGCUUCAUACGCAAAAACGAUGCUACCAAAAAAUAUUAAUAACACCAAAGAUAUCAAGAAUUGAUGACUCAAUAAUGGAUUUUGACUUGGAACAGCGGCAAUGCUACUUGGAAAAUGAACGUGAAUUGAGAUUUUUCAAAGCCUAUAACAGAAUAAAUUGUGAGCAUGAAUGUUUGGCUGAUUUGACACUUCAAACUUGUGGUUGUGUUCAAUUUUAUAUGGUAAGAGAUCAGGCAACGAGAAUUUGUGGAACCGUCGAUGAAUACUGCUUUAGAAAUGUCGAGAAUGAGUAUAAAAAUAUUAAAUCAACCUGCAUGUGCUAUGAACCAUGCGAGACAGUGAAAUAUGAAGUCAAAAUGAUCUAUGAUUUUCGAAAGAAGGAUUGGUACGCACUGUCAAGGGUAGGAUAUCUAGAUAUAGAAUUAGAAAUCAUGUUCGGAAUGAUGGAAAUUUUUGCAGUCAAAAGACGAAAGACAUUGACAACUGUUGACAUUUUGUCACUGAUUGGUGGGUUUUUGGGACUUUUUGCUGGAUUCUCAUUUCUAUCUGCUGGAGAGAUCAUCCUUCAUUUUGUUAUAAAUCCUCUGAGUAUGAUCGCUAGCAGAAGAUCAAAAAAAGUCCACGCCAUUCAUAUCAAAGCUCAACCAACAGUUAAAAACCAGGUUUUGAGUCACCUUUUUGGAGUUAUCACGAAUUUCUUAGAAAGUUCUUCAAUCCACAGCUUCAGUCAUAUUGGAAACAAUGAAAAGAAGAAGUUGGAAAGAUUGGUAUGGUCACUUCUUUUCAUCAUUUCAAUGAUCAUGUCAUUCUUUAUGGUUCAAGAAGCAUUCAAUAAGCUUCAAACGAAUCAGAUUUAUAUGAGUUUGGAAGGUCAAGUAACAAAAGUCGAUGAUAUUCCAUUUCCUGCAUUUACUUUAAUUGCUGAUGUCAAUGACGACGAUUCGGAAUCAAAUUAUAGAGAAAUGAAGGAAAAUGAUAAAGUUGGAAAGCAUUUCCGAUGGAAGAGAAAUUCAGAUGAUUACCAGAUCUUGCUUGCCGAUCAGAUAAUGUACAUGUUGUGUCGUAAAGUAGGAGCUUCCUUUUACGGUAUUCAUCAUUCACUCGAUUUUAAUUCUACAUCCGACUUUGUUGACUUACUAAAGUUAUUCACUAGUUUUGAUAGACCUUGGUUUAUUCAUAAAAAUGCAAAAUGGAACAAAGUUGUUGAACCAGCAUUUGCAGAAAUUUUAACACAAAAUGGCUUUGGAUAUACUUUUAAUUUGAUGGAUCUAUCAGAGUUGCUUCAUGAGAAUACGAUUUCAAAGGAUUUUGGCUACAGCUACGAUACAAAUGACUCAAUCAAUUAUCCAUGGUCAACAAAAGCAGGUGUCGAUUUUGGUCUUGAAAUAAACUUUAAGAUGAACAAACUAUAUGAAGGUUGUCACGAUUAUGAUUCAUUUAUUAUUCAUCCAUCGAACGAGCUACCAAUAUGUUCAGAUAUAAUUAGAUUUGAAGACUUAGUCACAACUGAUGUUGUCAUAACUCCUGAAAUUAUCAAAACUGAUGAUGCACUUAAACGUCUCAAUGUUAAUGUCAGAAAAUGUUAUUUUGAUGAUGAACGGAAGUUGAAGUAUUUCAAAGUUUACACUCAAAGGAACUGUGAGCAGGAGUGCUUCACAGAGAUUAUUUAUUCAGAUUGCGGAUGUGUUCCUUUCUAUGCAAUCAGAAACUCAUCGACAACAAUCUGUGACUUUAAACGAUUUGUGGAAUGUGUCGAAAAAUACGAUGCAUUUUCGAAUUUUAAGAAAUACGAUUAUUUGUAUCCGACUCGAGGUGUUUGCAAGUGUUUGCCACUGUGUAAUUACGUUUCAUAUUCAUACGAUAUAUUUACAAGAGGAUACGCUACCAUUCAGAAUACAACAAUAGCUUUGAUGUGGAAGGAUGCUGAAUAUUAUGCAUUAAUCAGAUAUCAACAAUUUACAAUCGUGGAUUUUCUUGCUUAUGUUGGUGGAAUUUUAGGACUCUUUGCUGGCAUUUCUGCACUUUCAGUUGUUGAAUUUUUAUACUUUUUCACUUUGAGAUUAGCUACAGAUUUGUUGGAAAUUUAG